CACGUCGCCGACGAUAGCAGUCAAAGCUAUGAAAUAAUGUAGCAUAAUAUGAAACCCCUCUAGGUUCCAAUUCUGUGUGCCUCGUGAACCCCGAAAUCCCCACGAGAAGAACCGGAAGAAAGAAAGAAAAGGAAGCGGCCGCUUCGCUUCUUUUCUUUUUUCGUUCUCUCCCUUUCUUGCUCCGUGGUGGCAGGCUCGACAAAUGGCCACCGUCAACAGCGUCGCCUCCCCUUCGAGGUUUCUACCCCUCCAAUCCCGGCUCCGGCCUUCUUCCUUCCCCUCCAGCUCGAAACCCUGCCUCUCCUCCUCCAGAUUCCACGUGCCCCUCUCCCCUCCUCCUUGGAGGCCCGACGGAACGCGGAGGGACCGGGCCGUCGCCGCCUUGGUGACGGCGGCGGAGGACCUGAACGUGAUUCCUGUGAAGAGCCCCGACUCGACGGACCAGCAGGACGGGGUCGUCGCCGUGGCCGCGGGGAGAGAGCAGGAGGAGGGGGACGGCGGUGGGAGCAGCAGUCACAAUGAGGUCGGAGGAUUCGCCUUCGAGAACGGAAGGGUUGGUGGAGUGACCGCCGGCGGAGGCGGCGGGAGCUUAUACUCUUCUCCGUCGUCUUCUUCUCUGGAAGAAGGUGAGGGUGUGGAUCGGCUGGUGGAUCGAGCGAUCAACGCCGCGAUCGUGCUUGCGGCGGGGACCUACGCCAUCACCAAGCUGCUUACCAUCGACAGUGACUAUUGGCAAGGGUGGACCCUUUAUGAGAUCCUAAGAUAUGCACCCCAGCAUAACUGGACUGCUUAUGAGGAAGCUUUAAAAACAAACCCCGUUCUGGCCAAAAUGGUGAUAAGUGGAGUAGUUUAUUCUGUAGGAGAUUGGAUUGCACAGUGCUACGAAGGGAAACCACUUUUUGAUUUUGACCGUGCUCGCAUGUUCAGAUCUGGUCUUGUUGGUUUUACUCUACACGGGUCCCUUUCUCAUUACUAUUACCAAUUCUGUGAGGCUCUUUUUCCUUUCCAGGACUGGUGGGUGGUUCCUGCUAAAGUGUUGUUUGACCAGACUGCUUGGGCUGCAAUAUGGAACAGCAUUUACUAUGCAGUCCUGGGAUUGUUGCGUUUUGAAUCACCAGCUAACAUAUUCAGUGAACUGAAGGCUACAUUUUGGCCAAUGUUAACUGCAGGCUGGAAGCUUUGGCCUUUUGCUCACCUGAUUACUUAUGGUGUUAUACCAGUAGAACAGAGACUUCUCUGGGUGGAUUGUGUGGAGCUGGUUUGGGUAACCAUAUUAUCAACGUAUUCAAAUGAGAAAUCUGAAGCAAGAAAUACAGAGGCGAUGUCUGAGUCAAACGCCAAGUCUCCAUCUGCUAUUCCUGAGGAAUUGAUAAAGUAGAUGGCAAAACUGACCAUGUCUUGGGCCGGAAUAUUGUGGGAAUUAGCAUCACAGAUUUUUGGUGACUGGGAAGCGCAGCUAAAGUAGCCCCAGGUUCAUCAAGUGGGUGCUGUAUAGAUUACUUAUAUAAGAAAUAGCGGGCAAUGGUUCUUUAAUGAGAACUACUUUUCCCACUUGCAAUUUGAGCUGUUACGAGUGUAAAUAUUACAUGGCUUGUUGUAACAGUCAUACAAGGUUGAUUCAAAUAAGUAUAUUUUUUUUCCCAAGGUA